UUUCUAUAUAAGCUCCAUAGAUGGCCGAUACACACCUUCCAAUCUUCUCUCUACCCGGUUCUCCUUCUCUCUAUAUACCAGCCUCGCCGAUGACCGUAAUUCCGUUAGAAGAAUCUCCGGCGACGGUGUUGCCGCCGCUGAACUCACUGCCGGUGGGGUUCAGGUUCCAUCCGACGGACGAGGAGCUCGUCGAUCACUAUCUGAAGCUGAAAAUCAACGGCUCGAAGACUUUAGCCAGUGUGAUUCGCGAAAUUGAUAUAUGUAAACUCGAGCCCUGGGACCUGCCUGAUUUGUCUAUGAUUAAAUCAUAUGAUAAUGAGUGGUUCUUCUUCUGCCCUAUUGACCGGAAGUACCAAAAUGGGCAGAGGAUGAACCGGGCUACAGAGCGAGGGUACUGGAAGGCAACUGGGAAAGAUAGGAAUAUACUCACUAAGAAGCUUGUAAAGAUUGGGAUGAAGAAGACAUUGGUGUACUAUGAAGGGCGAGCUCCUGAUGGAAAGAGGAGUAAUUGGGUUAUUCAUGAGUAUAGGGCUACUGACAAGGCACUGGAUGGUACCCAGCCCGGUCAGACUCCGUUUGUGCUUUGUCGUCUCUUUAAGAAGAAUGAGUUGAAGCAAGAUGAAAAUGCUGAAAGUCCGAACAGCAAUGGUGUUGAGCGAAAUGUUUCUUCUCCUACUGUUGUCAAGUCACCCGGUGAAGAUGAUCAAUUGGAGGCUAUGACGCCAAUGGGGAGAGAUCACAUUAAAGCACAACCUUUAACUCCAGAGAAGAGUUCUGUGGAGGAAUCUCCUGUUGCUCAGUUACCUGUUGAUAAUAACAGCAUUAGCUCUAAUGCUAAUAAUGCAGAAGAGGAUCUGGACAUUCCGCAUGAUCCUGAUCUGGAAGAAUUAUUCGCAAACCUUUAUGAGCCUUCAGAAGAACAUCUCGAUAUCGUUUCUCUGCCACAAACAGAGACACAGGGGUUGGGAUCUUCCUACGCAUACGGUGCUGUUACAAAUAACUGCGGUGAUGAUAUGGACAUCCAGUCUCUGAGUGAAACAAGUGUAUCUGAUGCAACUGAGUUUAUGAACUCAUUCCUUGUUAGCUCUGAUGAGGUUCCCUAUGGAGAUUCUGGACAGCAAAUCUUGCCAAUCGAACAUGCAACUCCCAAUUAUGUUAGCACUAUAAACAAGCCUUCAGGGGCAGAAAUGAUGCAGGGGCUGGUUAAGACAGGAUUUUUGGAAAAUGUUCCUGCAAAUGCAUUGCUGCAAAGACAUAUUGAGCAUGUUCCUAAUCCUUCAGGAGGGGUUUAUACACCUCAUACUUUUAAUGGUGGUCCUGAGAUGUGGAAUUCAGAUCCCCUGAAUAAUAGCUACCUUGGACAGGAUGCUUUCUCGACAAUGUGUGAUGGGAGUCAGGCCACUAACAUGGUAAAUCUUGAAGGAGAAGGUGGCUCGGUGAAUGCAGUCAGCAGUUUUGGACCUGGAAUAAGAUUAAGGACCCGACAGGCGCGCAGUCAAGCAGCUGACCAGCCGUUCACCAUGCAGGGAACUGCUCAUCGAAGAAUUCGUUUACAAAUGUCAUUUCCAGCUGCAUCUGUUCAAUCUCGUCUACCUGAAGAUUCCAAUCAGGCAGAAAGUGAAAAACCUGCUGUGACUGAGGGUGAAACCAUUGAUAGCACUGCUACCUCUAGUCUUGAAACAAGGGAUAUAAUUGCCCGUGAGUUCAAAAGAGAUGGAGAAAUUUCUAAGAACAUAUCUACAAAGACGAAAGACAAAGGAGGUUUUGCAGCUUGCAGCAAUGGAAACACCAUCUCUGUGUUCUCAAAGACGGACCUACUGCACUCAGUUUUGCCAUCACUUUACAUGCCAAAGGUUCUUAUAGCUGUGAGCCUGCUUAUAGUCCUCGUUGGCAGUUUGGCAUGCAUUAGACUCUGAGGAUGUCGGAGAAUGAAUUAGACUCUGAGGAUGUCGGAGAAUGAAACGUAUGUUUUUGUGUAUAGAGCAUUUUCAUUACCCUUUGAAAACGCCCCCAUAUGGUAAAAGCUGAACUGGUUUAGAUUUCUGGUUAUCGUUUCUAGUCGAGACUCUUUGGAUGUGGCUGGCUGCAGGAGGCUGAUCCGCGGAAUUAGUUGACAUAGACUGCAUGUUAUUACUAGCAUAUAUAUCAAGCAUUAAAAUAGUGGUUUUUGUAAAUUUAUUGUCUAGUAGUCAUGAUGUUGACUAUAUAAACAUCCUAUUAUAUAUGUAUGUUGGCUCUGUUCAGAGCUGUGUUUAUGAACAAUCUUGGUCUGUAUAACUCAUUUUGAACUCCCAAUAAGCCUUUGUCACAAA